GGCCUCCCUCGGGCCGAGAAAGAGUUAUUAUCGUGGGCUUUUGGUUUUAUUUAUUGUGGGUUGUGGGCAUUUCACAAUAAUGAUUAAAUAUUUAGCAAUAUAAAAAAUUGUGUAAAGUUACAGUACGCAACAAUGGUGGACAUUAACAAAUAUUUGGAAACACAACUAGCACUUGCCAAGCAGCGAUCAGUAAUAAAAAGUAACAAUAACAAACAAGACGCAGAAUCCAGAGUUUCACUGAAAAGUAAGUCCGCCGCUGAAAGAAUCUCAAAGAAACAUGAUAAACAAUUAUUAUCCAAGAAAGCGACUCAAGUUGACAGUGAAACUAGCGUUGGUACAUCUCAUAAACAGAGUUCGUCGGCGAACGCGGAUUCUGACUCUGAUGAGUACUUACCUUCGGAUGAUGAAAAUGAGGGUGAAUUGAAUAUUUUCACCAUACCGUCCACAUCUCGCUGUAAGCAGAAUUUGAACAAAAUAAUUGAUGAUGGUGAUCAGCAUUUAUAUGAUGAAAGACUCAAGAUUUGGAAAGAAAACUUAGCAGCAGUUGCCUCUGGAAAAUCUAAUGGAAUUAUAACUUCAGCUGACAUACAGUAUGUUGCUGCAGGAAAUAAAGAUCAUAAUAAAUUUCAUGAAUUACAGAAUGGUUUAAUUAUUCCAAAUUACAUAUGGAAGCAGCUAUAUAAAUACCAACGGAUAGGAGUUAAGUGGCUAUGGGAGCUACAUCAGGUACAAUCUGGAGGUCUACUUGGAGAUGAAAUGGGCUUAGGAAAGACUGUUCAGAUUAUUGCAUUCCUUGCUGGCCUUUACCAUUCUGAUUCUGGGAAAUGGGGUGGACUGGGUCCAUCGAUUAUAGUGGCUCCGGCAACUAUUAUUUAUCAAUGGGUCUCCCAAUUUCAUUAUUGGUGCCCUAAUCUGAGGAUUGCAGUUCUUCACCACUCUGGUUCACACAUUGGGAACCACAACAAACUUAUCAGAGACUUGCAUGCGUCUCAUGGAGCUCUCCUCAUGACAUAUGCAGGCAUUGUAAAAUAUUCCCAAGAUUUGCUCUCAAAGAAGUGGCACUACAUUAUCCUUGAUGAGGGCCACAAAAUAAGAAAUCCAGAGAUACAAGUAAGCAAAUUAAUCAAAAAGUUCCAAACACCACAUAAAUUGUUGGUUACUGGAUCACCAAUGCAAAACAGUUUGCAGGAACUCUGGUCUCUCUUUGACUUUAUGAGACCUGGUUUAUUGGGCACCAAUGCUACAUUUAUGGAACAUUUUGCAUUGCCCAUUACUCAAGGAGGCUAUGCCAAUGCAACUCAAUUACAAGAAGCCACUGCAUUUGAGAUAGCAAAAGCAUUGAAAAAUAUUAUCACCCCAUACAUGCUUAGGCGUACAAAAGCUGAAGUACAAGAUCACAUCAAAUUGCCUGAAAAGAAUGAGCAGGUAUUGUUUUGUGCCUUGAGUCACGAACAAAGGGAUUUAUACAUGGGAUACCUUACAGGGAGUACAGUAAGGAGUAUUUUAGAUAAAGAUAACAAGUUUUGUAAUCCUGUUCGAGCUAGGAUACUGGUGGCUUUAUCUACAUUAAGAAAAAUUUGUAAUCAUCCAGAUUUAUAUCUCUAUGAAGCUCAAGAUGACACAGAACAUAUUGAUGAGCAAAAGUUUGGCCAUUGGAAACGUUCUGGUAAAAUGACAGUUGUAAAUUCUCUUUUAAAAAUUUGGCAGAAACAAGGCCACAGAGCUUUGAUUUUCUCACAAUCAAGAGCUAUGCUGUGUAUUUUGGAACAGUAUCUACAAAAUCAUAAGUUCCAAUAUUUGAAGAUGGAUGGUACAGUAAGUGUAAGUCAAAGGCAGAAUCUCAUUAAAACUUUUAAUGAGAAUAAGGAAUACUUGGUGUUCCUUGCCACAACAAGAGUGGGGGGAUUAGGUGUGAAUUUAACAGGAGCUGACAGGGUUAUAAUAUAUGAUCCUGACUGGAACCCAGCCACUGAUAACCAAGCAAAAGAGAGAGCUUGGAGGAUUGGACAACAAAGGAAUGUAACAGUUUACAGACUUCUAUCUGCUGGUACAAUAGAAGAGAAAAUAUAUCAGAGGCAGAUUUUUAAACAUUUUCUUAGUAACAAAAUUCUUGUUGAUCCAAACCAGAAAAAUGUUUUAACCACCAGUACAUUGCAUGGUCUUUUCCAUCUUGAAGAUCCAAAUCAUGAGGGUGAUACUGAAACAGCUUCUCUUUUUAAACAUACUAAAGUAAAUGUGAAUAACAAAUCAAAAAGUACUACUAAGGAUGAUAUACUUAUUAGUAGUGGUGUAUCUUUUUCUAAGAAGAAAUUGGAAGCAAUGAGAAAAAAAGCAAAAGAGAUUAGCAAAAAAAUUGCAAAAGACACUGCACAAGUGCCACCUGGAGAAGAUCCAAGAGAGAGAUAUAAAAAAAAGAGACAACUUUUGUUAAAUCCUCCUCCAAAAACUGAAGAGCCACAAAUCAACUUAGUAGAUGAUAAAAUAACAAAUGUACCAUUUGAUAAUGUGCUGUCUGAAUUAGACAUCAUUAAUCUGCAUACGAAAAGGGAUUAUGAGGAAAACUUACUGAAGCAAGUGUUACAACAAGAACAGAAAGAAGAUGUAGAAGAUGGUGAGAUAAUAGCAGAAGAAGAUAAUAGUAUAAAAGAAAUUGAGGAUCCUAGUUCUAGUACAGACAUGGAUGUAUGUAAUAAUAUUAGUUCUGCUGGUGAAAUGGAUUUAAAUGAUGCUUCUAAAAGCACUUCUGAGCAUAAUGAAAAGGCUCGCAAAAGAAAGCAUUCAUCUGAUUUCGAUUCUGAUAUUGAAAGUUUGUUGGCAGUCAAAAAAGUAAAGAAAAAGAAACAUAAAAGAGAAAAGGAAAAAAAUAAGGGUGAUGAUGAUGAUUAUGUUUUAAGUAAACUAUUUGCAAAAGCAAGUGUUAAGAAUGCUUUGCAGCAUGAUGUUGUGGUUGGAUUAGCUGAGAAGGAGAAAAUUCAUAGGAUGAAAGAAGAAGCUUCUAGAAAAGCGAAAUUAGCUCUAAGAGCCAUAAAGUUUUCUACUAAAUAAUUAUUAUUUAAGAUAAG